GCAUCCUGCUGGCAGGGCAUCCGGUAUGGCGAAUUGGUGGAGUCCCAUCAAGGCAACACUCUGGAAUGUCUGAAUCUGGCUCUGGAUCACUUCGACCAGACUCACCUGGACAGGUAUCUCAAAAUCAGCGGUCAGGUGGUAAUCAUUCUCACCGCUGGGAGUGGGCUCAUUCGAAGCCGCACCCGGGAGCUGUACAUGUUGACCAACCGCCGCUGCAUCGCAUCUGGCCACCAGUCUUUCCAGAUCGUCAGCGUCCGGGAUCCGCCUUUUCAUCGGGUGCCCUGGAUCAUGUGGCCGCAAAGUCCGUCCAUCUCCGCCCUCUCCGUACCCUCGCGGACGUCACACGAAACGGAAGCGGACAAGCUCUCGCCAUUCCCGCGCUGGCUGUCCUUCAUCUGCUACCAGGAAGGCCGCCUCUCCCCUUGCUGGACGGAAGAGGACUCGGUCAAAGCUUCGUUCCUCCCGUUCAUCGACCAUGAGCAGAACCACGGUUUGCAAUGGACUCCGCCAGUCCUGCCGCUGAUCCAAGAGUCGCAUCCUCGUGAGCAAGACGUGCGCCAAACCAUGUCUCCAAAGUCGAUGCCGACGUUUCAGGACGAGACGGUGCUACGAGCUUUCCGCGCAUCCUCCAACCAGAAAACAUGGGACGAGAUUAGGCUGCCGCGUUUGAGCUCGGCCAUGAGUGAGUCGACGAAGACGGUGACCGAAUAUCUCCCCACGCAAUACACUGUCAACCCAUUACGUUUCGGACAAGAAGAAGGCGCACAGCUCAACCUGAUGCAAGACCUCGUGGGGUUGCGCCUAGCCGCUCUCGGGGGCACCCAGAUCAUCAGGAAUGUGAACUACAACGUCUACAACUGGCCCGCGCAGGGCAUGGCGGACGACGAGGAGGACAAGCAGAGUCCAUGGCAGGUGCAUGGCAACCUCCUCCCAAAAUCUCUGCAUCAGCUCACUGUGCAAGCGGCUUGUGGGUCUGAGUGGAGGUUCGCACCGAGAGAGACGGAUCUUACUGUCGGCAAGAAGGAGCACUUUCAACUGGACAGAGACAAAGCCACCAGCUUCCUCUACGAGCGCUUCUUUGUGCACCUGACCUCCCGAUGGGGCCAGGAAGGCCCCGGGCCGCCAGAAACGACCUGGAUCGAAUCUCGCACGGUCUUCCAUCUAAAUGAGCGUUUGGAUUGGAACUACUUGGACCAGGUAUUGGCAGGUGUUUACAGAAUACCACCUGCACUGCCAUACCCUGUGGAUCGCCGCAACCUCAACGACCCUCUGAUCAGGAAAGACAGCUCGAGCUUGUCUCUAUCCGGAGACACGCGCGAUGGUUGGCAGCUUAGAGGAGCAUUGAAGCAGCAUCUGCUCAUGCUCAUGCCCAAGUCCUGCUUGGCUUCGUCGCAUGCCGAGAUCUUCAGGUGCGUCUUAUCCCACCUGGAGGGCAAGAUAGUUCUAGGCAAAGACCCCUUCGAUGCGUUUGAGCAAAGCGGGAGCUUUGAGAAGAAUCGGGAGCUUAUCAUGGAGGCACUGAGCAAAAGACAGGAAUAUGUUCGCGAUCAGUUGGCAGAAGAUCAGAGCCUGCCAUCUCGCCAGACUUCGAGGAGCGAAGUGAACCCUACAGACGGCCGACGUCACAGUGCCACUGGUUCAAGUUCAAUCCAGGAGUUUCUCUACUUUGGUCUCGAUGGCUUGGGAGAUUCUGCGGAAGCACCUCAGGAACAGCCGCCCGUUUCCCGCAACACGACGACCGUGACUACUGCUUUUGACAACACCGGGACGGUGGCACAGGAUGAUGUCGACCCCAACGACGACCCGAAGAAGCUGCUUGAGGACUUGGAUGAGAUUCGAUCGCAGACAGUCGAAAAGUUCAAGUCAUUCCAGGAAGGACUUCGCAAGCUGCUCUUCGGGCGAAUGCCCAAGGAGCAGUUCGAUAAAGAGCUUCUGGACAUUGAUACCAACUCCGUGCACUUCACAGUGGGACGAGGAGAGAAAGAAGUGUCAGUUUGCAGAGCAGAGCUGGGGACAUCAUUCACCCAGAGCCGGGACUGGUUCGGAUUCUUCUACGACGAUGUCUUCUGCCCUCCCAAAUUCUUUCACCUCGUGGUCGAAUGGAUGGCAUGCUCCUCCAUACAUCUGGCAUCCUUCUUCACCAAGCUGGAAAAGCUGGCAUCUGAGCACGGUUUCCGGCUAUUGCGGCUGCCAAUCAGUGUCCUGUUCCCGCAGCCUGCACCGGCGUGGGUCUGGAGCGAGGAUCAGGAGACCAACUUUGAUCGGCUUCCCUUCUACCCACGGCCACGGGUCAGCUUCCCCAAGAAUCGAGAUCGCGAUCGAGCAGAGCAAGUCUAUGCGAAGCUUCUUGAGGCCUGGCUGCAGCCGCCGCUGAACUUGCACUUCAUCUUCUCAUGCCCCAUCCAAGAUUUCAAGGCCUACCCCAUCGUGGCUGAGGAGGAUCCCCGGAGAACGACGGCCAACCGAGAGGUCUACCAACGACUGAAAGGAUGGGUUCUUUGCGAUUCCGAUGGCCUCGCUCUCGUGACACUUCGGGAAGAGGGCAUCAUGUUCUUUGAGAACCACAUACAGGUUUUCGAAGCUCGCACAGAAGAGCGAGUUCAGUCCAACCUGAAGAAGGUGAACCAACUGCGGAGCAAGUUCUUCGAAGUCACCGAGGAGAUCCUUAAGCUGUGGGAGCCAUAA